AUGACAGCUAGUUUUAUAGAGAAAGGAAAGCUUCCAAGGUAUAACCGCAUUAAACGUCUGCAGCAAGCUGCGGAGAUAUUCCUGCUACAGAUUAUCGAAAUGGAUUCCUGGGUUGGAAUUGUCACAUUCGAAUCUACAGCACAAAUUACAUGUAAUCUACAACAAAUAGUCAAUGAGACUGUACGCCAGGAUCUUAUCACAUACCUGCCUACAAAAACUGAUGGAGGAACUAACAUCUGCGCAGGAGUACGCAAAGGAUUUGAGGUGAUUAAACAAAAAUACUCUAAUCUCAGUGGUUCUGAAAUUGUACUGCUGACAGAUGGAGAGGAUAAGAAUAUGAGCAAUUGCCUUACGGAGGUGAAAAACAGUGGAUCAAUCAUUCAUAUUGUUGCCUUGGGGUCAAAUGCUGCUCAAGAACUAGAACAAUUUUCAGACAUGACAAAAGGCUUCAAGUUUUAUGCCACAGAUACAGUUGAUUCCAAUGGCCUAAUUGAUGCAUUCAGUGGAAUUUCAUCAGGAAGUGGAAAUAUUUCUGAACAGUCUAUUCAGCUUGAAAGUACAGCUCAGAGUGUCGCAGUCAAGCAGUGGAUGAAUGGUACAGUGACUGUAGAUAGCACUGUGGGAAAGGACACCUUCUUUGUAGUUACGUGGGAUCGAAGCACAUCUCCACCAGACAUUUUACUGCGGGACCCCAAAGGAAAAGAAUAUAGAACGUCAAACUUCACAGUUAGUGAUCUAAACCUCCAAACAGCUCGACUGAAUAUAGCAGGCACUGCAGAGGUGGGGGAUUGGUUACAUUGGAUUCAAAAUAACCACACAGAAUCUCAAGUCAUAUCAAUGAUAGUAACAUCUCGAGCCGCAUCUUUGGCUGUGCCUCCAGUGACUGUGAAAGCCCGCAUGAACAAGGAUACAAACAACUUCCCUAAUCCAAUGGUGAUUUAUGCAGAAGCUAGUCAAGGAUCUUUGCCUGUUCUUGGUGCAACUGUGAUGGCCACUGUUGAACAAGAGACUGGAUCUGCAGUGGAGCUCAGACUCCUUGAUGAUGGUUCCGGUGCUGAUAUUAUGAAGAAUGAUGGAAUCUAUUCAAAGUACUUUACCUCUUUCAAGGGAAAUGGUAGAUACAACUUUAAAGUGCAUAUCCAGGGGAGAAAUCAGACUGUCAGACUUGGCCGCAGGCAGAGCCGAGCCUUGUAUGUUCCAGGCUACAUAGAAAAUGGUGAAAUCAAAAUGAAUGCACCGAGACCUGAACCUAGUAAUGAGGAAAUUCAAGCAAAUGUAGGAAGUUUCAACAGAGUUGCAACAGGAGGUUCUUUUGUAGUGAAGAAUGUUCCAUCAGGAGGAAUUAUUGAUGUGUUCCCACCCUGUAAAAUUACUGACCUUGAGGCUCAGUUUGAAGAAGAUAAAAUUCACUUGUCUUGGACAGCUCCCGGGAAUAACUUGGAUGAGGGACAAGCUGAUAGAUACAUAAUAAAAAUGAGUGAAAGUCUUCUGGACCUAAGGAACACCUUUGAGAAUGCUACUUCAGUGAAUACCUCUAGUCUGGUACCUAAACCUGCCGGCACCAAAGAAUCAUUUCAGUUUAAACCGGAAAAUGUCACAAUAGAAAAUGGCACCAUAAUCUACUUUGCAAUAUGUGCUGUUGAUAAUGCCUCCCUGACCUCAGAGGUGUCUAAUGUAGUACAGGCAGCUCGGUUUGUUCCUCCAAAGGAAUCCUUGCCUGAUACGCUUCCUACUGAAGUUAUCACUAACAGUGUUCCUAAACAGGGAUCCUUGUCUGAUAUGCUUCCUAAUGAUGGCAUCAAUGAUGGUAUCAAUGUUUCAAUAAUAGUAACUGGGUCUGUAAUAGCUGUAUUAAUAGCUGUAAGUAUAACUGUCUGUAUUUUACAUAAGAAGAAUAGAAAGGGAGGCUAUGAGCUCAGAAUGUAAUAAAACUAAUUGUAAGAUGAAAGCUCAAUUUAUAUUUAUCCUAAUUUGUUCUAUUUGUGAUUUUCAAAAUACAUAAGGAAAGACAAAUUUGUAAUAGAUUUGAAAUUAAGUGCAUUGCCUUUAAAAUAGAGGUGGAUUGAUAUGUAUUUUGAUCUGCUUUCAAUGUUACAGUACAUUAUGUAGACUGAACAGUGAAUUUAAAAGUAUAUACUGAGUAAACUAAGACACAUCAGUAUAAUGUGUAGCAUAUAAAUGACAAUCUAAUUGUAUAUUUUAAUUUUAAUCUUGCUAGAGUUCUGCAACAUUAGGUAUUCUGUGCUUUAUUUUUUUAAAAAUAGGAAAAAAAUCUUUCUAAUUUUGUUUUCCAGUUGCUUAGCAGUCAGGGAGGGGAGAUUUAAGAAGAAAUUAGAUCUGUAAUCUUUGGUGUUCAUACAUUACUUUCAGUUAUAUUCAAUGAGUAGGAAACAUAAAUGUAUACAUCUGUUGGUCCUGAGCCUGCAACUGCUUAGGAACAUGCAUAACUCAACUCUCAUCCUAUGACUAAUGCAGGUGUUUAAAUAUUCACAGGAUCAGGGCCAUAUGUUAUCCCAAAAUGAGCAUAUGGAAAACACUUUUUACCUGACAUAAUCAUCAAACACACAUGCAACAUUCCAACUCUAAAUGACAGAACAAAAGCAAAAUAGUAGAAGAGAAAACACUAAAUUCCUAGGUAGCAGAAAUGCCACCUACCACAGCAUGUGACAGAAGCGAAGGCAUGUAGCACCCUGUGAUGUGAUGCUCCAGAAAUGGGAAAGGAUCACCCCUUCUUUGGAUAAUGAAAACAUCCAUCGUUACAUUAGAUAGGAUCAAUUUAUUUUAUAAGGUAUAUAAACCCUCAUGCCUCAGGUCAUCAGCUAAUCACUAGCAGGGGCUAGGGAGGAACUUUUCCAUGUGCAAAUUAUUCCGUAAUUGUCCAUUAUGAGAUUUCUUGCUGCUUCCACUGACAUAUACUUAGAAAUAUUGGGCCAACAUGGAUAUGCCUACACUCAGAUUGUUUACAAUUUUAAUUAACUGACAGUUAGCUCAAGGUAGUUACCACAUUUGGGCUAUGCCUGGACCAAACACUGGGGAAUGUCCAUGUUAGCUUUCACAAACAUAUUAAGUGAAAAUCACUAGUGAAGACAAGCCCUUUCGGAGAAGGGUAUCUGGGCUCAUAUGGACCAUCGAUCUGAUUGGGUAGUGCAAUUCCUAUGUUUCUCAGAUGGUUUUUUUUUAUGGCAUGAAGUGAAAGUAAGAAAUUGAAUUGAAGUCAUAGUUGCUCUUCCAAAUGUAAAGGCAAUAUAACUCCCCGUUUUUGUUUUGUCUGGUGCAUGUUGGUUUUCUUCACUUCUCUUGGGGAUAGGUGAGGGGACAGAAGAGAGAGAUUAGUAUAAUAGCUGUGUAAUAAACAGAAGGCUUGGAUGCUUGA